AUAUAUAUCUGUAAUGUUGCAUCAUUAUCCUGUGUUAACAUUCUCUAUAUCCUAUACAGGAUCACACUUCCCUAGUGUUCUUGCAAAAGGAUACCAACAAAAGAAGAAGCAUUAAGCGGCAUCAGACAUGUGCGGGAUAUGGGCUAUAUUCGGAAGCGAUGAUGAUGUUGCCAUCCAAUGUAACGCUGCACAUAAGAUUACCCACAGAGGGCCGGAUGCCUUCCGACUGGAAACGAUCCAUCACUUCCCAAACUGUGCCCUCGGCUUCCACCGGUUAUCCAUCGUUGACGAUUUAGCGGGAAUGCAACCCAUGAGAGUUUUUAAGUAUCCACACAUCUGGUUGAUGUACAAUGGAGAGAUUUAUAACCAUAAACUUCUGGAGGAGCAGUUUAACUUUGACACCUCUACUGAGUGUGACGGGGAGGUUAUUAUUCACCUGUACGCUCAUGGAGGCGCUGAGUAUGCCGCGAAACAUUUGGACGGCGUGUUCGCCUUCAUCAUCUUAGACACAGCAGAACGCAAGCUAUACGUAGGUCGGGACACAUUUGGCGUUAGACCAUUGUUCAAAGCUUAUAUAGAAGAUAAGAAAUUCCUCGCCAUCUGCUCAGAAGCAAAAGGUCUGAUGCCCUUAAAGCAGGUGUCCGAUAGCGGUGUAGAGAUAACACCUUUCCCUCCUGGUCAUGUGGAAGCAUAUAGCCUCGAUUUGAAUGGAAGGGCUACAUAUAUAAACACUACACGUUUCAAUAAAAUUGGAGAAUGUCCAGCAUAUAAAACAAUAGUUAAUCCUAUAGAUGAUGACAUUCUCGCUAGCAUACGAGACCUGCUGGAGGCUGCAGUACAGAAGAGGACUAUGGCAGAAAGGCGGAUCGGCUGCUUGUUGUCCGGUGGUCUUGAUUCUAGUUUAGUUUCUGCUUUAUUUGCAAGAAAAGCCAAAGAGCUUGGAAUUAAGUAUCCCAUACAAACAUUUUCUAUCGGUAUGGAAGGGAGCCCAGAUUUGUUAGCGGCAAGGAAGGUUGCUAACCACAUAGGGACUGAGCACCACGAGAUUGUAUUUACUCCAGAUGAGGGCAUUGAGUGUCUGGAAUCAGUCAUAUUUCACCUGGAGAGUUAUGACAUUACAACAGUCAGAGCAUCUGUUGGUAUGUCAUUUUACUCUCAGAUUUAUUAUAGAAAAACUUGAAGUUGAAAGGUAUUG